GUGUUUUUGUUGGAAAAAUCGAAAUCGGCACCAACUCUCACGCACACCUUUGUGCCUAUUUUUUGCACAAGCGCUCCCGGUCGUGUCAUUCAUCGGAUUCGUCAGAUUUCAAGUGGCCAGAACAGAACCAUUUUCCUCGUCUGCAAAUCCUCCACGAGUCCGGCGCUAGCGCGACUUCAAGAGCGAGUACUGAAGUGAAAACGGCUGGUACCUUGGAGCUGCUAUUGGGUGCAUGUGUGUGUAUGUACGUUCCGAAGGAGGGCUUGUGUCAUCAUCUUCCCCCAGUGGUGGUUCAAAAUUGUUCGCACGGAUAUCGAUCGCGUGAUAGCAAAAGCCUAAACCAAAUCGUACUGAAUAGGAAGGUAGAAACUAGCCGAAGGCCGGGAGAGAGCUAGAGAGAGAGAGAGCGAGUGGCAAAAAGAAGUGUUUCCGGCGGUCUGUUAAAACCCGUUCAUUAACGUAAUAGGCAGUAAACCGAUUCGGUACCUCAGUAGAACGGGCUUCGUACACAGGGAAUUAACUCAAUAGACUCGGAAAACACCAAUCCCGGCGAUGAGUGAGGCAAAUGUUAACGUUGCGGUCGCAGAAACGGCAGCAGCUGGCUCUGCUGGCAGCGGUGAAGUGACAACGAACAAAAACAGCAAAAAGAAACACCAAAAAGGUCCGGCCAAGCAGGAAGAAAGCAAACCAGUGCCUGUGACGAAUGGUGAGCUGGCUGGCAGUGGAGGUAGCAAGGAGGAACGGGUGGCAGGCCGCGAGGGUAGUGCAAAGUCGAAGAACAAGAAAAAGAAGAAUAAACCUAAUCAGACCGAGCAGGGACCGGAUGCCGCACCAUCAUCACAAAUUAAUGGGGAACCGGGACAGUCAGCUGUUGCGGUAACAGCAGCCUCCGGAAGCCAGGAGGCGACAGGAGAAGUUGAUGGCGGGGAAGGAAUGUCGGGCGGUAUGUUUGGAUCGAAUCCGGACGAAAUGUUGGUGACCAUGCAGGAAAUGUUGGAACGUUUGAAGGCUAACACCCGGUUGCUGAAACCGGCCAAAACGCCCGAAGAGGCGUUACACAAAUCGUACAAGUUCUGGUCGACCCAGCCAGUUCCGCGUAUGGACGAGAACAUUCAGGCGAACGAAGCGAUCGAGGAAGACAAACCGUUGAGUGAGAUCCGGCAGGAACCGUACGCACUGCCGGACGGGUUUACCUGGGAUACGAUGAACCUGAACGAUCCGCUACAGCUGAAGGAGCUGUACACGUUGCUGAACGAGAACUACGUCGAGGACGAUGACGCAAUGUUUCGGUUCGACUAUCAGCCGGAAUUUUUGCAGUGGGCCCUGCAACCGCCCGGCUGGAAGCGCGACUGGCACUGUGGCGUCCGUGUGGUCAAGUCGGGACGAUUGGUUGGGUUUAUUUCGGCCAUCCCUGGCACGUUGAACGUGCACCGGAAGGAGCAGCGCAUGGUGGAAAUUAACUUCCUGUGCGUGCACAAGAAGCUACGUUCGAAGCGGUUAGCGCCGGUGCUGAUCCGGGAGAUUACGAGACGCGUUAAUCUGACCGGCAUCUUCCAGGCAGUGUAUACGGCGGGCGUGGUGCUUCCGAAGCCCGUGUCUUCCUGCCGCUACUGGCACCGUUCGCUAAAUCCGAAGAAACUGAUUGAGGUGAAAUUCUCCUACCUGUCCCGCAACAUGACGAUGCAGCGCACGAUCAAGCUGUACAAGUUGCCGGACCAGCCCAAAACUCCCGGCUUCCGGAAGCUGCUCGAAACGGACCUAAAGGCGGUACACAAGCUGCUGGAAUCGUACCUGCAGCGCUUCAACCUGACGCCGGUGUUUGACGAGGUGGAGAUGCGCCACUGGUUCCUGCCGCAAAACGGCAUCAUCGAUUGUUUCGUGGUGGAGGAUCCGGCCCGCCCUGGUACGAUCACGGACAUGGUGAGCUACUACACGCUGCCCUCGACUGUGAUGCACCAUGCGGUGCACAAGUACGUGAAGGCCGCGUACAGCUUCUACAACGUAUCGACCCGCACGCCCUGGCUCGAUCUCAUGAACGAUGCGCUAAUAUCGGCCAAAAACCUCGGUUUCGACGUGUUUAACGCGCUCGAUCUGAUGGACAACAAGCAGUUUCUGGUGCCGCUCAAGUUCGGCAUCGGCGACGGUAAUCUGCAGUACUACCUGUACAAUUGGCGCUGCCCGAGCAUGCAACCGGAGGAUGUUGGGUUGAUACUGUUGUAAACGGUUGGGCGGGAAUAGAAAACGUUUUGUUUUUGAUAGAACGGAUUGCUGGUUGCGAUGGAACCAAAGCACAUUCAGUACGAACACUCGUGGGCACACAUUGGGGAGAAAGUGUUUCCCUUGGCGCUGCUUCUCUGUAUUCUGCGCAGCAUCAAUUCCGAAAUUUUGUUAGGGAUUCUGUUCACUAACUGUCCUACCGUUUCGUUUUUAUUACAACUUCACUAUAGGGGUGGGAAGAUUCUCAGUGUUCCGGAAACGCAUUGCGUAGGGAAAAGCUUGACAAAACAAAUCAGGGAAUGUGGGAGUUGCUUUACAUCUCCCAAUACGUACAUAUAUUGUUUACGUUUAUCCACGCAGUUAAGCCCAUUACAGAUAUCGUUCGCAAGGAAUGAAUGUGAUCGGAGUACACAUAAUCGCCACUGAUCGGUAAAGGUAAUGGGAAUCAUAGUUGGCGAUAGUUUUUUUUUUUACUUAGUUUUAUCUUACCUCCGUGUUGCCUUAGCAACGCUUAGUUCAGUGUUCGGUUUUGUUCAGCAAUAUUCGGUUUGUUUUUUUUUUUUAAUCAAAGAAGAGAAAGCAUUGCAAAAACGUGGUCGCGAUCGUGGUAAGGCCGUGCUUGUGUACAUUGAAACAGUUGCGGCAGUGGGAUUUGGGGUAUGUAAUGCAUGUUUUCGUUACUACACGAAAUAUAUCCAGUCAAUAAAGUGAACGGUAAAGCAUUUUCUGUCCUAGCUGUUGGGAAUCGAUUA